CCACUGAAGCCAAGACACGUGAAACUACUGUCCACUAAAAUGGGCCUGAAAGUCACGUGGGACCCACCCAAAGAGGCUACCAGUAGACCCGUGGACCAUUACAACAUAGCCUAUGGGAAGUCCCUGAAAAGCCUCCAAUACAUCAAGGUGAAUGCGGAGACCCUCUCCUUCCUCAUUGAGGAUGUGGAGCCGGGGGUAGUGUACUUUGUGCUGGUUACUGCAGAAAACCACAGUGGAGUGAGCCGUCCUGUGUACAGAGCUGAAAGCCUGCCUGGAGGUGAUUGGAUCAAGACUGAUGGUUUUCCCAUUAAGGGUCCAGAACUGUUUAAUGAAAUCAUCACAGAAAAGGAAGUGCCCAACAAGCCCUUGCGUGUCCGAGUCCGAUCCUCAGAUGACCGGCUGUCUGUCGCGUGGAAGGCGCCACGCCUCUCUGGAGCCAAGAGUCCACGCAGAUCACGUGGCUUUCUGCUGGGCUAUGGGGAAAGUGGCCGGAAGAUGAAGUAUGUUCCGUUGUCGAGGGAUGAGCGAACUCAUGAAAUUCGGAAGCUCGCCUCCGAGUCGGUGUAUGUGGUUUCCCUGCAGUCCCUGAAUGCACAGGGGGGCAGCCAACCAGUGUACCGCGCUGCACUCACCAAGCGGAAGAUCUCAGAAGAGGACGAGCUGGAUGUCCCUGAAGACAUCACUGUCCGGGUGAUGUCCUCCCAGUCCGUGCUCGUAGCCUGGGUGGACCCGAUUCUGGAGAAACAGAAAAAACCUGUUGUCUCGAGACAGUACACCGUGCGCUACCGUGAGAAGGGCGAGCUGGCCCGGUGGGACUACAGACAGGUUUCCAACAGACGCGUGCUGGUCGAGCACCUCAUCCCUGACACCAUGUAUGAAUUUGCAGUCCGCAUUUCUCAGGGCGAGAGAGACGGCAAGUGGAGCACCUCCGUCUUCCAGAGGACACCAGAGUCUGCUCCCACCACGGCUCCUGGAAACCUCAACGUCUGGCCAGUCAACGGCAGAUCCACUGCUGUCACUGUGGCGUGGGACGCGUUGCCAGAGACCGAAGGGAGAGUGAAAGAAUACAUUCUUUCAUACGCCCCGGCUCUCAAACCAUUUGGAGCAAAGUCCCUCACCUAUCCCGGAGAGACGACUUCUGCCCUAGUGGAUGGUCUGCAGCCUGGGGAACGCUAUCUGUUCAAAAUCCGGGCCGCAAACAGGAGAGGAGUGGGGCCUCACUCCAAAGCCUUCAUUGUCGCUAUGCCAACAACCACAGCUGGGCCCAGUGAGCCCCGCGCUCCGCAGAAAACUGACGCAGAGGACAACGAUUGGAAGCCUGAAAAAGCCGCUUCUCCCCAGAGUCGGACCGUCCAGAAUCCGCUUCUAGACUUAAAGAACAAAAUCCUGGCAGGUGGUGGGGUGUUGAGGAAACCUCCCCUGCGCCCCAAGUUGGACCUUCAGUCGACAGAAGUCUCUGAGGAGGAGGAGCUGGAGUCCCCGGCUCACCCAGCUGCAGUGCCCGUGGGGACCCGAGACCAGAGGCCACCACCCUCUCCACCCCUUCGACCUGCUGCCGGCAGGAUGCCAACGAGAGGCCGAACUGCAGGGAUGCCGAGGCGAGGGUCUUCACUGGCUCCGGGUCCGGGGGUCUCAGCCCCCUCUGAGGACAGUGCUCGCCGCGCUACCCACCCUCCAGCCCGCUCUGUUGACAAUGAUUCGCUGGACCCCGAGGAGGAGACACCAGCUGCAGACUCAAUCCACCCCAAAACUGCCGGGUCCCCGCAGCUGGCCCCUUCGCGGCCAGCCCUGUCCCCCAGCCGCCACUGGGAGCCCAGGAGCCCCACGCACCACGGCCCCAAGCCAGCCUUGCCCGCCCGGAGGCCACCCCACGCGGGGAACGGGGCAUCCGUGGGGUCCCGGCCUCUCCUACCUGCCCCUGCAGGCUCUGCACGUCUGUCCCCAAGAACGCAGGUGUCCCGCGGUGGCACUGAGGAGGACGAGGAGCAGGAUGCGGAAGGCGGAGGGGGGCAGGAUGAGGCGGGGUCCCCUGUCCCUGGCCACCUCAGUUUGCUCCGAAACCGGCCCCUCGUAUCCCCGGGCAGAUACCCUGGCAGGUUGGGCAACGGCAGGGGUCUUCGGGUCCAGCCCUCCAACGCCCUGACACCCCCUGAGUCGCCUCGGGCCACCUCCAGGGGGGCUUCUCACCCCGCGUCCGACCCCCGGCGGGGCUCAGAGAUCCACGGAGAAGGCGAAGAAGAGGAUGAAAAGUCCCUGGCAAGCACAGUGCUCAGGGACCACCUGCCCUCCUCCUCCAGGCAGCCGGCCCACCGGGGCCUGGACCCUCUCAGGAGGAGCCCCCCGCGAGGGGCGAGCCCGCAGAGGCAGAACCCCAAGGCGGCCAGCUCCUGGGCAGACGCUCAGGGCCAGCCUGUGUCUGCCAAGGCCAGCGACGCGGAGCAGAGCACCGCGGAGCGUGUGGAGGGGGCCGCCCCCAAAACGCACCUGUACCCCGGCCAGGGGGCCUCCACGCGCCCCCGCCACCAGCCCGGGUCCAGUAUGCCCAAAAGGGCACCGGACCAGAGCCCUCCUGAAAAGCAGCCCCCUGGCACCCCGAGCCAGGCAGGGAGGCGCCCCUCCUUCUCCGACCCUUACGCUUCCCGGGGCAGCCUCACCGCCAGCUCCCGCGGGGUGCUCCCCACCGCCCCCCAGCAUCAGCAGCACAGGGAUGCUCAGAGCCGAGCGAGCGGGACCCAGGAGGACAGCAAGGAAGCGGAGGCUCAGGGCACCCGGGCCAAGGAUGCCACCCCGAUGCUGCCCAAGCAGCGCCAGGUGGAGGCAGGCGGCGGUCACCUCCGCAGGCCGGCGGGCUCCUCCCUGAGGCCCAGCAGGCCGGGGUCCCCGCACCCUUCCACGCUCGCCAGGGGUACGGGCGGAGGGGGCGCCCUGGCCGAAGGGCAGGGCAGUGCGCCCAAAAGGGAGCCGCAGCCGUCCAAGUCACUGCAGUCGGUCUCGGAGGAGGAGGAGGAGGAAAAGGAGGAGGAGGACGCGCGCUUCUUCCCCCGCCGGAAGGGCGAGGACCCUGCGUCCUCCUCGGCGCCCAAGUGGUCCUCCCCGUCCAGCCCCAGGGCCAGCGGCGCCGCAGAUGGACACGCGACCCAGGAGGAGCGCGAGGAGCGGGAUCCUGGUCCUGAACGAGCGUCUCCCCGGGCCGGCCCCUCCGUCACAGCCCGCCCGUGGUCCACCACCCGCGCGCCCCCAGUCCACGUGUCCACCACCCCCAUGCUGUCCCUGCGCCAGCGCAUGAUGCACGCCCGCUUCCGGAACCCGCUCUCCCGCGCCCCCGUGAGACCCCCUCUCAGACAAGGUUAUAAUGGCAGACCCAAUGUAGAAGGGCACGCUCUCCCUAGUAGUAACGGAAAACCAAGUGGACAAAGAAUUAUCAACGGCGCUCAUGGAACAAAGUGGGUGGUGGAUCUUGACCGUGGGUUGGUGUUGAAUGCAGAAGGAAGGUACCUCCAAGAUUCACAUGGAAACCCUCUUCGGGUUAAGCUAGGAGGAGAUGGCAGAACCAUCGUGGAUCUGGAAGGGACGCCUGUGGUGAGCCCCGAAGGCCUCCCCCUGUUCGGGCAAGGGCGGCAUGGCCAACCCCUGGCCAGUGCCCAGGACAGACCCAUUUUGAGUCUUGGAGGAAAACCACUGGUGGGCUUGGAGGUCGUCAAAACCACCACACGUGCCCCCCCAACCACCACCACCACCACCACACGCCGCACAACCACGACCACCACCCGGCGGCCAACUACCACCACCCGGCGGCCCCCGACUACCACCACGCACCGCACAACCACCACCACGCGCCGCACAACCACCACCACGCGCCGUACGACCACCACCAUGCGCCGCACGACCACUGCACAGACCACCACCACCCCUGAGCCCACCACCCCCAGUCCUACCUGUCCCCCUGGGACCCUGGAACAGUAUGAUGAAGAUGGCAACCUGGUCCUGGGCUCCAGAGGGGUCCCCGAGUGUGCCCCUGAAGAAGAUGAUUCCUCGGGGUUGGACUCAGCAGCAACCACGGAAGAACCUUACCUCCUCUAUGAUGAAGAUUAUGACGUUGGGACCUCAAGGAGGCCACCAGCCACUCCCAGGGGCCCCACCACUGCUGUUAUGCCCGGGAUCAUCUCUCCAGAAGGUUCCAUUAGUUCUUUUCCUGAAGAAGAGUUGGAUCUUGCUGGAAAGAAGAGAUUUGUUGCUCCGUACGUGACCUACCUGAGUAAAGACCCAUCAACUCCAUGUUCUCUGACCGACGCUCUGGAUCACUUCCAAGUGGAAAGCCUGGAUGAAAUUAUUCCAAAUGACCUGACAAAGACUGACCAGCCUCCUCAGCAUGCCCCCCGAAAUAUCACUGUGGUUGCUAUGGAAGGCUGCCACUCAUUCGUCAUUGUAGAUUGGGACAAGGCCAUCCCAGGAGAUGUAGUAACAGGCUACUUGGUGUACAGCGCAUCCUAUGAAGACUUCAUCAGGAACAAGUGGUCCACUCAGGCCUCCUCGGUCACUCACCUGCCCAUCGAGAACCUGAAGCCCAACACAAGGUAUUAUUUUAAAGUUCAAGCCAAGAAUCCUCACGGCUAUGGCCCCAUCAGCCCCUCCGUCUCCUUUGUCACCGAAUCAGACAAUCCUUUGCUUGUUGUGAGACCACCAGGUGGUGAGCCCAUCUGGAUCCCAUUUGCUUUCAAACAUGACCCUGGCUCCACCGAGUGCCACGGGCGCCAGUACGUGAAGAGGACCUGGUACAGGAAGUUUGUGGGUGUCGUUCUUUGCAAUUCCCUGCGGUAUAAAAUCUACCUCAGUGACAACCUCAAAGAUACAUUCUACAGCAUCGGAGACAGCUGGGGGAAAGGAGAAGACCAUUGCCAGUUUGUGGAUUCACACCUUGAUGGAAGAACAGGGCCUCAGUCCUACAUAGAAGCCCUCCCUACCGUCCAAGGCUUCUACCGCCAGUAUCGCCAGGAGCCCGUCAGCUUUGGCAACAUUGGAUUUGGCACUCCUUACUACUAUGCAGGCUGGUACGAGUGUGGGGUCUCCAUCCCUGGCAAGUGGUAAUCCCAGAUGGUCAGAUCGGAAGCCCACCCUGCUUGGAUCCUUGUUCUCACUUGCCCUCAGGGCUGUGAGCCAGACUACAAGGACAGUGUCCCAACCUCCAUGGGCCCAAGGGUCAGCCUCAUGCUGGACACUGGACAUAUCAGACUCCUUCUGCCUAGAACUCAGUCUUCCUGCCUGGACUUCACAUGGGACCCACUGUUCUCUUCGCCUGUCCUCGUUUGGUUUGUCAAUCUCACCCUGGAGACCGUCACAGGGAUUCCCUCUGACUCAGAGCAGUUGUCACAAGCUUUGAGCGCAGAAUCCAGACCCUUCCAUCUCUUCUGGCAGCAGCAUCAUGCACAGUGCCUGUUUCAUGGAACCCUCCUGACUUCUUCUCCUUCCUCAUUGGACUCCUCUCAAAAUAGCCAAAUUUAAGCUCUGGGACUCUCUAUGCAAUUGAACUAAACAACAGAACACACAACCAAAUAAGAUGUAUCUUACCUAAGAUUUCUCCCAUUGAUUACCCACCGCUAGACCAAAUGUAUCAGAUCUUAUUUGUAAAUUCUCAAUUUUGAGAUAUAUAUGUGUAUAUAUGCCUAUAGAGUCCACACUUGUCUGCAGGAACAUUGAUUAAAAAUGGCUCCAUUUGUACUUGCUGCCAGAUAAUUGUGUGGGGGAG